AUGGGUGGUGCUGAAAUUGAUAGGUCUGACCCUGUUGCGUCUUCCCGUGAGACUAUUUUUGAGAAGCCCUGCAGAGCCAUGAUGAGCAAGUCCUCUAACAAGCAUGAGCGUCUCUAUGUGAGAGCCCCACCUUCGGAAGAAGAUCUUGCAAAGAAAAUCUGGUGUUCUGGAACUGGGACCACAGACGCUAACAAGGUGGUUGAUAUGUGUAAGGGAGCUCGGCAUUUUGAUGAAAUUAAGAAUUCUGUUGCUGCUGAGUCACAGUGGUUGACCAAGGCGGGUGUAUUGGCUAAGGAAGAACACGAGAGACAUUUGCUUUGA